AUGUCUGAUCUCCUCAGGAGUGCAGUGGACAAGGCCUUACAGAGUGAGAACGGACACCUGGACCUGUUCCUCCGCUUCCUUCUGGGUCUCUCACUGGAGUCCAAUCAGACUCUCUUACGAGGCUUAAUGCCACAGACAGGAAGCAGCUCUCACAGCAAACAGGAAACAGUCGAGUACAUCAAGGAGAAGAUCAGGAAGAAUCCAUCUCCAGAGAAAUCCAUCAAUCUGUUCCACUGUCUGAAUGAACUGAAUGAUCAUUCUCUAGUGCAGGAAGUACAGACUUACCUGAACAGAGGAGGUCACAGUCGUCUCAGUGGAACCAGACUCUCUCCUGCUCAGUGGUCAGCUCUGGUGUUUGUGUUACUGAACUCAGAUCAGGAGCUGGAUGAGUUUGAUUUGAGGAAAUAUGACCCAUCAGAGGAAUGUCUUCUGAAGCUGCUGCCAGUGGUCAAAGCCUCCAGAAGAGCUGAGCUGUGUGUGUGUAAACUGACAGAGGAAAGCUGUAGAGUUCUGUCCUCAGUUCUCAGAUCAAACUCCUCCAGACUGAGAGAACUGGACCUGAGUAACAAUAACCUGCAGGAUUCAGGAGUGAAGCUGCUCUCUGCUGGACUGGAGAAUCCACACUGUACACUGGAGAUACUGAGGAUGUGGAACUGCAGGAUUACAGAUGAAGGUUGUGCUGCUCUGACUUCUGCUCUGAGGUCAAACUCCUCAUCACACCUGAGAGAACUGGAUCUGAAGGGUAAUAAUCCAGGAGAAUCAGGAGAGAAGCUGCUCUCUGAUCUACUGAAGGAUCCACACUGUAACCUGGAGACACUACACAUUAACUAUAAUACACUCACCAGGACUGGCGUAUGACAGGAGUCUCACCUCAAACCUCUUCUCCAGGAUACUGCAGUCUUGGUGAAGAGUUAGAACCCGUCCCACAUUUCCAGCAGUUUUGGAGCUGAAUCAUUAAACUUAAAGGGGCAGAGCAGAAACAAAGUCAAGAACAGGCAGAAGGUCGUACACAGGAGAAAUCAACACACGUAACCAAAUAUCUGCUGUACAAAGCAACGGCACCGAUCUGCCCCGGGGAUGGAGACUGACGAGGCUUAAGUACACGUCCGGAAAUGUACAGCCAACUCAUCCCAAAGCACAAGGCGGGAGCAGACAUGUACAAGAUGUGAUAGUCCAAUGGCAAGCCGGAACAUGACGCAUCGCAGUGGACUGGGCUUAAAAGAGGAGGAGACAAGACACCCAUCCCUCCCCCGACAUAGACACACGAAUGGAACAUAGUACAAACAGAAAUACAACUGAGGACGUAACAAUGGCCAAGUAUCAAAUAAAAUGUAAACGUGCAUUGAUGAAGGUAAUGUUGUUAGUAAUUGUUAUAAAUUACCAUGGUAACACAGAGCUCCAAGGUAUAAAAAUAUGGAGUUUGUCAUCAACCAAACAGUAACCAGUUUUAAUACCUAAAAAAGUUUACGUAGCCAAAUUUAGCAAAGCGCUUUACAGUAAAUUAAAAUGUAAAUUAAACUAAUGAAAUGUUGUGCAGCACAUGCUUAUGUUAAUGUUUGUUUCAUUAUAUGAUCAUAUAAAUAAAUAAAUACUCCCAAAGUCA